GCUAAAGGCAGAGUUACGCGUAAGGAAUAUAUACACGCAACGAAAUUCUACUUCAAUAUUGCCUAACGAUAGAUUCCAUGAUCACCCACCAUAUUAUCUGAUCACAGAAUUGCAAUAUUAGGCGAAAAACCAAAAAGAAAGAAAAAAAAAAAAAAAAAAACAGGGAAAUAGGUAAAAGAGCAAGGGAGAAAAGCGACAACCAUAAAUGAAGCUUUUGAAACGGAAGACUUUGGGGGAUUUCGAAGCGGAGAGGAAGCGAAGAAGGACGCCCGCCGCACUAGUAAAAAAUUUAACCUGAAUCUAUCAUCUGAUCUCUCCAUUCUCUCGACUCUUCUCUCAGUCUCCAUCAUCCUCCUCGCCUCCUAUCUCUGUUGCCGCUCCCACUACUCCCCCAGUGCCCCCAACAGCAACCACCACCACCACCACCACCGCAACAACCACACACCUCGACGCCUGGCUGAAGCUGAACGGCUCGUGCCCGGUUUCCAGGAACUUGCCGCUGCCAACCCCGCUGUCCACGCCGCUCUCGGAGGUCGUUUCACUCUCGCAGUACGCUGUGGAUCGGAGGCGGAGGAGGUGAUAAGAUUUUGUGCUUUCGGUUCUGUUGAAGCUUUUAAAGGAUUUGUUCUGAGCUGGUUGAUGGUGAAGAAUGUCAAGAAUCAGAGAUAGGUCUGAGGAUUUUAAGGAUGCUGUGCGGCAGUCUGCUCUUUCUUUGGGAUAUAAUGAGACAAAAUUGGCAGCCAUUUUGGCAUCUUUCAUAAUUCAUAAACCUCGGCAAAGGUCAUCUUUCAGCAAAGCUGCACUGAAGACGCUCGAAAGCAUCGAAGCUUUGGAACACUUUAUGUUGAAACAUCGAAAGGAUUAUGUGGAUCUUCAUCGCACUACUGAACAGGAGAGAGAUAGCAUUGAACAUGAAGUUAGUGCUUUCAUUAAAGCGUGCCAGGAACAAAUUGAUAUUUUAAAAAAUAACAUAAACAAUGAAGAAUCAAACUCAAAGGGCUGGCUUGGCACAAGGGCAGAUAAUUCUAAUGCUGAUACUGUAGCGCACAAACAUGGCGUGGUUUUAAUAUUAAGUGAGAGACUUCAUUCAGUCACAACACAAUUUGAUCAGCUAAGAGCCAUACGCUUCCAAGAUGCCAUUAAUAGAGCAAUGCCUAGAAGAAAACUUAACCGUAAUGCCAAUGCAAAUUUUGAAGAUACCUCUAAAUCACCUACAUCACAGCUGAGGGAGCUUGAUGAGUUUCAACAUGAUCCUGUAAGAGUACAGCAGCAGCUCUUGGAUGAUGAAACACGUGCCCUUCAGGUAGAGUUGACUAGUCUUCUAGAUGCCGUUCAAGAAACUGAAACAAAGAUGGUGGAAAUGUCGGCAUUGAAUCACCUUAUGUCCACGCAUGUUCUGCAACAAGCUCAACAAAUAGAAUUUCUGUAUGAGCAGGCUGUUGAAGCUACAAAAAAUGUAGAGCUUGGUAACAAAGAGUUAACCCAAGCUAUCCAGCGGAAUAGCAGCAGCAGGACCUUUCUUAUGCUUUUUCUUUUUGUACUUACCUUCUCUAUCAUCUUUCUUGAUUGGUAUAGUUAAAUCAUAUCAUUUUAAUACAAUGAUUUAUCUUCAUGCAUAAGAAAUUAAGGAUACUACUAGAUUACCUUGUAUAAAAUGUUUAAAAAUCAUCACAAAUUUUACUCGUGUAAGAGAAAUACCUUCUACACUUUGUGUCUUUGAUAGAGGACAGAAAAAAGAAAAAAGA